AUGGAAGCAGCAACGGAAGAUACUCAAAAAGAAAGCACAGAAAAUGUGCAAUCUAACAAUACCGCUACUGAAUCAACACCGACACCACCGCUUGAAGUAAAAAAAGGGAAACGAGAUGACCGUAGCAGACGAGAUGAUAAAAACGUUGAGCAGUUUAUGAAAUCAUUGAACUCCGUACCAACUCUUGAGGAGAAACUGUCUCUAGUGUGUAAGAAAUAUGUUCAGACUGCAGACGACAAUAAAAAGAUGCAGUUUUACAUUAAGCAGUCGGACAAGCGCCACGCAAUGUUGUUAAAGGAGAAAGAACAGUUACAACUAGAGUUCAAUAAGACUAUUCUCGUCAAAUCUAAGUUGGAAAAUCUCUGCAGGGAAUUACAGAAACAGAAUAAGGCUAUUAAGGAAGAAUCUCUACUGAAAAUCCGUGAAGAGGAGGAACGUCGCAAGGAGACACAGGCUAAGUUCCAGAACACUCUGUCAGAGAUCACAGCCAUGCUGCAGCAGAACAAUGAGAAGAAUGCCAAACUCCGGGAUGAUAAUAUCAGUAUGAGCGAGAAAUUUAAGUCUGUGGUGCAGCAGUAUCAGCUUAGGGAACAACAGGUGGACAAAAUGGCGAAACAAAUGGCGUUAGAAUCCCAACUAUCCGACGCUAAGAUGCAAAAGGCGAGCCUAGAGCAUCAAGCAGACAAGGAGAGACUACUGGCUGAGAUGGAGCAGGUCAAGGUCACGCUCGCGCAAUAUAGAGCUAAGAUCAUGGAGCUACAGGGAACUGAGACUAGUUUGCGUAGUCAGUUAGCGGUGUACACGGAUAAGUAUGAUGAGUUCCAGAAUGCGUUGACGAAAAGCAAUAAGAUGUUCACCAACUUCAAAGAACAAAUGGAUAUGAUGGCAAAGAAGAUCAAAAGGUUGGAGAAGGAGUCUCUGUCGUGGAAGACACGUUGGGAGACAUCGCAGACAGCCUUACUGGACAUGUGCGCGGAGAGACAGGCCGCCACCGACCGCGCCGCCGCCGCCGCCAGGCAGCUGCACCACAUGCAGGGGCUCUGUCGCACGCUGCAGGCGGAGCGUACAGUAUUACUGGGCACCUUGAAGGACAACAACAUAGAGCGGCCGGCGCUGCCCGCGCUGCCGCCCGCGCCGGCCCCGCCGCCGCCCGCGCCGCUCGCGCACCAACCUGCGUCGAAUGCUAAGGUUGAUGCGAUGGCCGCCAACUGUGCCCAACUGCGCCAGAGUCUCGCACAUCUACAAACUCAAUUAAACACAUUGACAAACAAACCAACAGAAGAAUCGCCCGCACCUGAAAAAGUAGAGAAAACAGAAAAACAAAAGAAAUCUAAAUCUAAGAAGAAUAAAGCAGAGAAAGCUAAAGCUGAAGCUGAAAAGGCAGCAGAAGCAGCUAAAGAAACAGAGAGUAAUGAGGAGGUUGAAAGUAAUGAAGCCACUGCUACAGUACAAGUUGAAAACGUAGAAAAAAGUGAAUCUAGUGCCCUUGAAAAUAUAACUUUAAUUGAUCCUGACACGGUUGAUGAAAAAACACUAGAGAAUCUAAUACAGGAGAUGAGUUCUAAAGUAAUUAGGACAGGCCCUUAUGAGUUGGAAGUUAUAAGCGAUGUAAUUUUAGACGAAGAUGAUUCAGAAGAGAAUUCGGAAGAAGUUGGGAUUAAAGAAAUCGAAACCCAGUCAGUGGAAGCAAAAGAAUCGAAGUCGAAUGAAAGUCCAAUCAAAACCCAGACAGCGGAAGCGAAAGACAUGACGUCGAACGAAAGUCCAAUCAAGACCCAGACACCGGAAGCGAAAGAAAUGACGUCGAAUGAAAGUCCAAUCAAGACCCAGACAACGGAAACGAAAGAAACCGCUUCGAAUGAAAGUCCAAUCAAAACACAAACAGCGGAAGCGAAAGAAACGGCUUCGAACGAAAUUCCAAUCAAAACCCAGACAGAGGAAGCGAAAGAAACGACUUCGAAUGAAAGUUCAGCGGCGUCACCGGUAGAGGAGCCUUCAAGUGAUAGUACGGAAGUCACAAAUGUAGAAGUAGAAACAGUCAUAGAAACUAACAUUAAUGACGUAAACGAAGUGUUAUCUAAGUUUUUAAAUGAAGUACAAGAGGUAGCCGCGGUGAUCGGAUGCGGGGACGCUGACGUAACAGUCGUAGAAUCGUCAAAUGAAGAAGUUUCGCACGUAAACGAAGUGAAACCGAUACCAAGCGACGCAUAA